UAUUCACUAAGUUUAGCCAACGGAGCGAGCAUCUCUUCGCAGCAGCAGCGGCAGCGGCAGCAGCAGGUUUGGUUCGUUCCGCUGCUGGAAUCGCGCCAGAUACAAAUCGGCCGAGGACAAAGGCGUUGGCAACUGGGGCAAGAAAGAGCAAAUAAUGGAUGCAGUGAGGCGCGGUGCCUGAGUUUGCCGAGCCAUCGACCAGCCAACCACAUGCACGUCGAGUCCGUCGCCAAAGACAAAAAGGACGCGGCCUGCACCCAACUCGCCUCUGCCUCUGCUGCUGCUGCUGCUGCCGCUGCUGCCGGUGAAACAAAAGUUUGCUCCUCAUCCUCGGCGGCGGCGCCCAUCUCGGCAUUCGGCAUGACGCUCCUGGCUGCCGCACUGCUCGUCCACUUUCUGCUCCUCACUUCAGUCGCCAGAAACGACGCUGAGCACCAGAACGUGAUCCGGCACAGAAACGGCCGGAGUCUGCGGACGGGCGACGCCAACCAGCUGAGUCCGUCGGGAGUGCAGCCGGCCAUAUUCGGCACGGAGAACUCGAGCGUUGUCAUCGCCAGCAUCGGCAGCACCACCGUCUUGCCGUGCACCGUCAAAAAGUUUGGAAAUGGAGUGGUCUCUUGGAUUCGCCGCAAGGACUUCCACCUGCUCACCGUCGGCCUCGUCACGUACAGCAGCGACGACAGAUUUUUCGUCGAGCACACCAGACAUCUCCAGAACUGGGGACUGAAGAUCAAGUCGGUGCAGCAGCGCGACUCGGGCUUCUACGAGUGUCAGGUCUCGUCGCAUCCCCCCACCAGCAUCUUCAUCGAGCUGCGAAUCGUUGAGGCGUCCGCCGAGAUCUCUGGCGGCGCGGCGGACCUGCACUUGAAGAGCGGCAGCACCCUGCGGCUGACCUGCUCCCUGAAAAAGAGCACGGAGCCACCGGUGUUUGUCUUCUGGUACCACGACGGACGCAUGAUAAAUUACGACAAGGAGCGCGGCGUGCGUGUGCAGAAUGCGGGACGAGCCGGCAGCGCGCUCAUCCUCGAGGAGGCCAUGCCCGCCGACUCGGGCAACUACAGCUGCGUGCCCUCCAACGCCCGCCCGGCCAGCAUCAACGUCCACGUGCUCGACGCUGGAGACGAGAAGCCGGCCGCGAUGCAGCACGGCAGCCGGACGUCGAGCUCGUCGCCGCUGGGCUCGCUGGUGCCGUGGUGCACGUUUUCCUCGCUGCUGGUCACCUACUUGACGUGGUUCCGACCCCAGAGAAGACUGCUGCUGCCCAGGUGAUCUCGUUAAGCGGAGAAAAAGUGAGAAGAAGCAGCAGACGACUAUAGCUCGAGAGACAGACUGCACCCUAAUUACCCGUCGCCACCCCACAGUGUGUGUUUGUGUGUGUGUUGAGUGAGUGAGUGCGGCCGUUCACCCUCCCGCUGGACUGCAGGGUGUGUUAUUGUUGCCACGUUGAUUGGUUGCUUGACUGUGUGUGUGUGUGUGUUGCUGAUCGAGCAGACAUGAGUUUUUUCCUUCCUCUCCGAAGAAUGAGUGAGUGCGCUUGUCGGAUUAAGUGGCUCAGCAUUUUAAUUGGAUCGAACCCGAAUAAGAAGGUGGAAUUAAUUGGAUGCCACUCUCCACCCUGCCCUGCCCUGCCCCACCCCCGCCCCUUUGUCCGUCGUUUUAUGCAUUUUAGCCGGCACCCUCUAAAUUAGGGUUCCAUUCAAAAUGCGUGCGUGACCUGCGAAACCUGUUUCCCUAUAUAUUCUAUGAUAACUCUCAAUCUCUUCGCUUGGAAUCUCAAGAAUAUGUAUGUCGGUGUAUUCACUUCAAAACGAAUGACUCGCUGCGGUGUACAUUUAAGCACACACAAACAAUUGGUGUAAGCAUAUUAUUAUGUAAUAUGUAUAUUUGACGCGCGGGCGGGCGGGCGGGCCGGCGAACCUUGUUGGAGAAUUUUGGCAGAUUGUGAAAUAUGGUCCGCGCGCUUGCGACAUCUAUGAAUAUAUUUUUUAAUAAAUAUUUGUGUUGAAACUCGUUGCUUCGGUCUAACGCAUUUUAAGCCUCGGUUAGUGUCCUCUCUCUCUCUCUCUUUCUCUCUCACGAAACGUGCGUGUAUCAUAAUGUGUAAUGUGUUGUGUAAAUUAACCUCUUGCGACUUUUCGUGCAACUGCCGCCGACAUUAUUUCAAUUUAAAGCGUAAAUAGCGAUCCUCGCAGCUUGUGUGUUUCGUUUUCACUCACUCACUGAGCGGAAAUUUGGCGAUCCUGUACAAUAAAUAAAUAAGGUGAAGAAAACGGUUAAUGUGCUCAAGAGAUUAUUAAAAAACAAAACAAAAAUACAACUAUACAGAGAUGAAUAUUCCGAUGAAAUUGUGUAAUUUAAUGUUUGGUCCGGCAAUGAGUUGGAAAUGCGAAUUCUGUUCUUAAUUUCAACUGUAAUCCAAUCAAUUGCCAAAUUAUUUAAUAUUUUUAAAAAUAAAAGUUUGAAAAAUGA